UUCAUUCAACCUUGUAAAGACUUCCCACUAACGCGCCACCACGGCCCACAACUAUUCCAGCAUACAUCACGCCUAGCUUACUCCGCUAGUCGCUGGCUGCAAUGGCGGAUGACGCGGUGACUGCUGCCGAAGGCUGCCGGAAGCUCGUGUACUCAUGGGGAGCCAACGAGGACGGCCAGCUGGGCACGGGCGCGCUCACCCAUUCAGCAGCGCUGCAGCUGGUGCCGGCGCUGGCAGGGGCGCCAGUGGUGCAGCUGGUGGGGGGGAGUAGAAACUCGCUCGCUCUCACUGACGACGGGCGGGUGUUCGUGUGGGGGUGGAAUCAGCGCAGCACGUUGGGCCAUCCGCCCGCACCCGCCGCCCCAAGAGAAGCCGUCCCCUGCCAGGUGGAGGCUAUUAAGGACGAGAAGAUUGUGCAGGCAGCCAUUGGAGGGUGGCAUUGUCUAGCCUUAAACGAGAAGGGCACUGCUUUCUCCUGGGGCGGUAACGAGUACGGGCAGUGUGCUGCCAAGGUGGCGGACAAGCUGCAGGGCAACAAGCUGAGCGCCAGAGACAUUCUCUCGCCCUUCCCAUGCGUGCCACAGCUCAGAGUGAAGCAGGUGGCAGCGGGAGGAACGCACUCAAUGGUGCUAACAAGGGAGGGCGAGGUGUGGGUGUGGGGGCAGCCCUGGCCUCCUGCUGAUGCCAAGCAGGUGUGGGUGCCGGCCAGAGUGCCCGGGCUCAAGGGAGUGAGGAGCAUAGCGGUGGGGGCGUUUCACAACCUGGCGCUCAAGGCGGACGGCAGGGUGGUGGCGUGGGGCAACAACGAGUACGGCCAGCUGGGCACGGGGGACACCCAGCCGCGCUCGCUCCCCGUUGAAUUGCCGCAACUCACCCAUGCUGAUGUGGUGGACAUCACAGCAGGGGGGUGGCACUCCAUGGCAGUCACUCGCUCUGGUCAGGUGUGGGCAUGGGGAAGAGGGGAGCACGGGCGCAUGGGGUUUGGGGAGGAUAAGACAAUCAAGGCCGUACCAACGGUGGUGUCACUGCUGGCAGGGGAAACGGUGGUGCAGGCCUCGUGUGGCGGCACGCACUCGCUGGUCGUCACACUUGAUGGGCGGAUUUUCACUUUUGGCAGAGUGGACGACGGCAGGCUCGGGCCAGCAGGCUCGGUAACAACAGGCGAUCUUGUCAGAGUGCCUCUCCCAGGCGACCCCGAUGCUACCUUCCAUCCGGACGACCAUCCGAACCUGUCCAGCAGGCUCGGCAGCAUCAGCCGAUCACUCAGCAGCUCCUCUGGGCAGCCCAGGUGCCGUUGGCGGGCGGCGUUUGCAGUCUGUGGUGGGCGGCAUAAUUUGGCAGUGUUGUGUCCGGAGGAGGAUUUGAGAGAGGCGAGUGGCCACUUGCCGUGGCACAAGGCCCAGGCUGAGAGGGCAGGCGAGGUGCAGGUGCAAGUGGUGGGAGGGGUGGAGCAAGGGACAAAUGGCAAGAUAGGUGAGGCAACCAGGCAACAGGUUGGGAGCACAAGCAAGGGAGAGCGUGUGGAGGGUGCUGCUUCAACAGAUGGAUGAGUGGGUAGCUGUGCCAGUGUUCAUAGAAUACUGUACUACUGGCCCCCAAGGAAUUCGUGAGGGGCCAUAUCAAUACGAUAGCUGCCAGCAGCACUCUAGUCUCUAUUCAUGAAAACGCUUUAAGAAUCAUCCACCACACAAUCU